AUAAUUUCCUUUUCUCAUUCAAGUGUUUUUGAGUGGGAUGUAGUCUGAGGGCUGGGCCCGUGUGGAAGCUCAAUUGAAGAAGGAAAAACAAGGCCCAGGACUUCCAACUAAACGGUGCCGUUUGUGCGGUGUGGUGGGGAACCUAAAUUCUUUCUCUCUUCCUCGCUCACCCCUUCUGCGCCGCACAGCCCACUCCCCCUCACCUCUCUAUCUUUCAGCCAUCUUCCCUCUCCGCCGUAGCCGCACCCCACACCACUGUCAUCGGCAAUGUCUCAGGCAGCCAUCCGUAAGGCUUCCUCCCUCUCUCUCUCUGUCACCUUCUAACUCUUGCGGGGUUCCCUGUUGCGAUGUUGUUCCAGCUACCGCUCCGCUGCCACCUUCGUCGCUGUGAUGCGCCGUCGCUGCUUAUCACCGAACAACCUCAACCCCCAGCAGAUGCCGCUCUCUCUGUCAUGCCCUUCUUACCGUAGGGCUGUCUCCCUCACUCUCACUCUCCCUCUGUCUCGCAUCCUCUCUUCCCUCAGUCUAGAUGUCGCCGCCAUCAACCACCGCAUCGUGACCAACAACCACCAAGUCGCACCCCAACUCCCUUUCUAUCUCACGGUACACCACUUUCCUCCCCUGUUUUGCACAGUGACCACGUGGAGCCCUAAACGACGCCUCCUCUUCUUCUUGCCCGUUUCUCUCUCUUCUUUGUGUUUUGCCGCUAGCAGCCGUGCCUGGCUACACGUCAUUCUUCAUGGUUCUUACUGCGCCAUUCUCCACAAUUCUGACUGUAGUUGCCAUGAAACUCAGCUGCAUCGCCGUGCACUGACGCCUCAGUCUUUCAUCUUUCUGUGUUCCUCUCUUUCAGUCGUACCCUCUCCCUUCCGUAAAAUCUCUCAAUCUCUCUCUCUGUUGCUUCUGCCCGUGGGUUUAGAAAUUCUACCUUGGUCUCCGCCGUGCGACGCCGAGGACCGCCGCAGUUGGCAGCUGCCUCGUGGUCAUCCGAACGCCCCCCCACAUUGGCCCCUUCUCCUCCCAGAUUCAUACAACCCGAGUAUAGAUCCCCUUUUGGGGGUUCUGCUCCGCCGCCAACCGCCACCCUUCGCCGCGAAACCUCCCACCUCCAUCCUUUAUCCCGACGGAUCUGUCACCCAUUAGAAUUUUCCCAGUCGUAGGCCCUUUAUUUCACCCAGAUCUGACCUUCCCACUGUGCGCCGCCACUGCUGCCGCCGUGCUCCGCCCAGCAGCCGCCACAACACGACAGACGCACCCACUGACCCGCGGGAUGCUUUAGUCAGCGCGCUCGAUCCUCCAGAAUUUUGCCCUUUCGCGUUACAAACACCAUGCGACGUGUAUGAUGCCGGCCAACUCCUGCUCCCGACCAAUCACUGUUCCAUAAUGCUUGGGCUCAACAACUAUACACUGAAAAUUUUUCCAAGCGCAAUCCCAUUAUUGAGCGUGAAGUCAAUCUAGGUGAGCUUGAAGAGACAAUACUGCCACAUAUCUUUCAGUCUUGCCAAUGGGUAUCAUUAACCACUGAUCUCCUCCCUCCGUCUGCGGAGUUAGUCCGGGAGUUUUACUCCAACAUUCAUGCCAUGGCACCUGAUGGUUCCUUUGACGUUACUUUCAGGAAUAUCCAAAUCCAAGUCAGUCCGGGCAUGUUAGCUGAUUUGCUUAAUGCCCCUCGUGUUACCGAGGCCCCAUAUCCGUAUGCUAGUACCUCUGGUCCUAGCAACCCUGCUAUCUAUGCCAAGUUGUGUGGAGAUGAAUGGGCUUGGGAUGGUCGGACACCCAUUCCUACCAAAAAGUUCACACCUGACUAUCUCCUUCUUAUUAGGGUCGUCCUUACUAACCUUUACUCAACCAACCAUCAUAGUGAUGUCGACCUUGACAGAGCUACCUUGCUUUAUGCACUGAUCAAUGACGUUCCCAUCGAUCUGGGAAGUCAUCUUUGCAAGGUCAUUUUAGAGACUCAUCAGUCCAAAAAAACUCGGUCGGGAUUGCCUUUUGUGAGUCUUGUCACUCGUAUUGCUUUUUUUCACUCUGUUCCUAUUCCAGAGACAGAGCUUAGAAUCCCUCUGAAGACUCCAAUUGGUCGUCAGACCAUCCAGCUCAGUCGUGCACACAUUCGCCGAUGGCCUUUUGAUGAUGAGGAUCCUGCACCCAGUUCACACCCAUCCCGUGCAAUGCCAUCAGGUUCUCAGCCAUCUAGCUCAAGACCAUCCACCCUUGCACCAGAGCCGAAUCAGUCGGGAAUACAAAUGGUGCUUGAUUGUUUGAGCCGCAUCCAGACUCGUCUUGACCACAUCGAUAGUCGCAUCGAUAGUCGUCUUGAUCACAUCGUUGCUGGUCUUGAGCAACAUCGCCCAGAUGCAAAUCAUUGAUAUUUUUAUUUAUUUAUCUAUCAUAGGAUACAGGUGGGUGGGAUAUGUUGUACAGGUCAUGAAAAUUGUAUUUUUCUUUUUACUAUCUUCCAUGUAAGUACCCCUUGAAGAACUUCAAGUUAUUCAGAAAGUUAAAAUCAUUAUCACUGUUGAUAGUUAUAUCUCAUGUCCAUUUUGCAA